GGUGAAUUAAAGCCACAUUUCCACAUGCUGAGUGUAGUGUGAGCAUAGCGGUCCACGCCGGUGUUAGCAAAGUAUUACAAAUCUUCAUUAGACUUAGCUGUAAAUUUAGUGAUUUCAGGAGUUAGUUUACGUGCCGAACAAAGGAUACAAGCGGGUCGUUGAAUGUUAAUGACAAGUAAACUCGAAAAGUGAAACAUUGAGACUCAGUAAAGGCUUAAUGCCGCUGAACAGCCCUGUAGUACAUAGACUUUUAGGACUGUACGUCUCCACAUUAGGAGCAAAUUACUAACAGCCCCUUAGUUCAAAGGAGGGUUGCAGCCAUGGCAGGCAAGGGUCGUGGAGUGGCUGCCUUUACCUUCAACAUUGAGGCUCUGGGCAUCGGCAGGGGCAGCAUGCCAGAAGCCAGGGUGGGGCCCAGCCCGUUGUUUCCAAAUACAGACUUUAAACCAGUUCCGCUGAAAGUUGGCGAGGAAGAGGACUACAUGUUGGCCUUGAAACAGGAGAUGAGGGGAACGAUGCAACGGCUGCCACACAACAUCAAGCCUCAGUCCAAUAAGGCAGAAGUGGAGAGAUACACAGAGAGAUACCUCAAGCACCGACAGAUGGAGGAUGAGGAAUGGAUCCCAGACUGGAACCUUUUCCCAAAAGAAUUGAUGCCCCAAAAGAAAAAACCUCGUGUUAAAGCAGGCACAAAGAGGAAAACAGUGUCACGCAAAGAAACACAGGAAAUGCUGAAUAAAUUAGACGAACUGGCAAAGAAAGAUGAGGGGAACCCUGAAAAGUCAGAUGACGAGACCGAAAAGAAAACAAGGAACGAGGAUGGAGAGGAAGAAAUUGAAGAGGAAGAAUAUGAAGAGGAUAUUGAAGAGGAAAAUGACUACAUAGAAAGCUAUUUUGACAAUGGCGAAGAUUUUGCUGCAGACAGUGAUGACAAUAUGGAUGGUGAAGCAACGUACUGAGACAGCAUGACUCAACCAUGCAAACUCAAGCGAGCGUACGCUGUUUAAGUUAACA